AUGACGCGACGUGACGCCCACGACCACUACACUUAUUGCCAAACUGAGCCGCGCCGCAUCCUCGUGACGGGCGGCACGGGCCAGAUCGGCAUGGAGCUCGUGCCGUACAUGCGCCAGCUCUUCGGCGCCGACAGCGUCGUCAACUCGGACAUCAAGGCGCCCGCUGGAGCAUCCGCGCGCGACGGCGCCUUCGUCUACUGCGACGUGCAGGACCGCGACAGCAUGGCGCGCAUCGUGGUGGAGCACGGCGUGGACACGAUCGUGCACAUGGCGUCGCUGCUGUCGGCCGUGGGCGAGGCCAACCCGUCGCUGGCGCUCGCGGUCAACACGCGCGGCGUGCAGAACGUGCUGGAGCUGGCCAAGCAGUACCAGCUGCGCGUGUUCGCGCCCUCGACCAUCGCCGUGUUCGGCCCCUCGACGCCGCAGGACGAGACGCCCGACACGACCAUCAUGCGCCCCACGACCAUGUACGGCCUCACCAAGGUGCACGUGGAGCUGCUGGGCGAGUACUACUACAACAAGUUCGGCGUCGACUUCCGCUCGGUGCGCUACCCGGGCAUCAUCUCGAGCGAGGCGCUGCCCGGCGGCGGCACCACGGACUACGCCGUCGAGAUCUUCUACGAGGCGCUCAAGCACGGCAAGUACACGUGCUUCCUCAAGCCGGACGCCAAGCUGCCCAUGAUGUACAUGCCCGACUGCCUCAAGGCCACCAUGGGGCUCAUCAACGCGCCCAACGACUGCCUCUCGCAGCGGACAUACAACAUCACGGCCGUGUCGUUCACGCCCGAGGAGGUCGUGGCGUCUAUCAAGAAGGUCAUGCCCAGCUUCCAGUGCGACUACAAGCCCGACUUCCGCCAGCAGAUCGCCGAGACGUGGCCACGCUCGCUCGACGACAGCAUCGCGCGGAGGGACUGGAACUGGCAGCACGACUUCGACCUCGACUCGAUGGUCGAGGACAUGCUCGUCAAGCUCGACGCCAAGCUCUCCAAGCCCGAGCUCGUCGUGGAGGAGACGGCCUAA